AUGGGUGAGUCCUCUGAGAAAGUAGUUGGUGACCGUGGGAAAGUUGGUGAUUACCGUGAGAAAGUGGCUGGUGACCGUGGGAAAGUUGGUGAUUACCGUGAGAAAGUGGCUGGUGACCGUGGGAAAGUUGGUGAUUACCGUGAGAAAGUGGCUGGUGACCGUGGGAAAGUUGGUAAUUACCGUGAGAAAGUGGCUGGUGACCGUGGGAAAGUUGGUGAUUACCGUGAGAAAGUGGCUGGUCACCGUGGGAAAGUUGGUCAUUACCGUGAGAAAGUGGCUGGUGACCGUUUGAAAGUUGGUGAUUACCGUGAGAAAGUGGCUGGUGACCGUGGGAAAGUUGGUAAUUACCGUGAGAAAGUGGCUGGUCACCGUGGGAAAGUUGGUCAUUACCGUGAGAAAGUUGGUGAUUACCGUGAGAAAGUGGCUGGUCACCGUGGGAAAGUUGGUCAUUACCGUGAGAAAGUGGCUGGUGACCGUGGGAAAGUUGGUGAUUACCGUGAGAAAGUGGCUGGUCACCGUGGGAAAGUUGGUGAUUACCGUGAGAAAGUGGCUGGUGACCGUGGGAAAGUUGGUCAUUACCGUGAGAAAGUGGCUGGUGACCGUGGGAAAGUUGGUGAUUACCGUGAGAAAGUGGCUGGUCACCGUGGGAAAGUUGGUCAUUACCGUGAGAAAGUGGCUGGUCACCGUGGGAAAGUUGGUCAUUACCGUGAGAAAGUGGCUGGUCACCGUGGGAAAGUUGGUCAUUACCGUGAGAAAGUGGCUGGUCACCGUGGGAAAGUUGGUCAUUACCGUGAGAAAGUGGCUGGUCACCGUGGGAAAGUUGGUAAUUUAAGUUAG